AGAAAAAUCAUUCCUAUUUUUCAUUUUCCUAUUCUGUAUCUUGGAGUUCCAUUCAUUCAUUCAACAAAUGUUUUAUUUUUCUGUUAUAGGCACCGUUCUAGGACUAGAAUUGCAGAAGUGUGCAUGGCUGAAAAAUUUUGCUUCUCGUGGGGAUCUCCCACCACUUGGUAUCUACAGUAUCUGAAUACCUCUAGGAGCACAGAAUUGUGCCUUCCAGCUGCUUAUGUUUCUACAGUAGGCCCAGUUCACUUCCUCAAGAAAUAUAUUUUGGUGCUGGGUUAUUAUGAAAUAGAGACCAUUCUCUAUGAAUAUUCUGUUAAACCAUGAUAAUACCAUCUCAUUCAUUUGGAAUACAAGGAGUUCCCUAUUUGGCACUUGUAGGGAUUAAAUGAGUCAUUUUUAAUAGCAUAUCAAUUGCACAAGUAACCAUUGUAUUAAACAAACUAGACUCCAUAGGAAAGUGAUGUUAAAGUCACUUUUUUCCUGUAACUGUUCCUUCAGAUCCCCUCUGGAGGGGUUGAUUGUUUCCAUGCCUCUAUUUGAAUUCAGGCUAAUCUCAUAGUUUUCCUGGCCUCUCAGACACAGAACAGCCUCAUUUUAGAAACUGUCCAACUCUGUGUAAUAAGCAAGACCUCAGAUUUGUAUCCAGUAUAGAGUUCCUCCCCUUGCUCCUGAUACUGUUUCAGGCUGCAGUCCAUUGCGGGGCGGGGAGGGGCGUGUCCAGGGUGGCAAGGCUGAUGGUGGAGACACAGUCAACUUCUUUUUUAACUCUUUCCAGCUACUGUAUUUUCCCAUCUACAGUCAGAUCUAGGGAGAGAAGGGGUCAGAGUAACAAAGUCACAAUUUUAGAUAACUUAAAUUGUCAGUUGGCCUCUAGGCCCCUGGUCUAUGACAUUUUUUUUUCUCAUGGGACAAUAUUUUGAGAAGAAAUUUUUAAAUUAAGAUAUAGUUAAGGUACAGUAAGAUUCACUCUUUAUAGUGUAAUAUGAGGGGAAGGGGCGGCAGGCGCCAUGUCGGGCCGCGAAGGUAGCAAGAAGAAGCCCCUGAAGCAGCCCAAGAAGCAAGCCAAGGAGAUGGAUGAGGAAGAUAAGGCAUUCAAGCAGAAGCAGAAGGAGGAGCAGAAGAAACUCAAGGAGCUAAAAGCAAAGGCCGCGGGGAAAGGCCCCCUGGCCACUGGUGGAAUUAAGAAAUCUGGCAAAAAGUAAGCUGUUCCUUGUGCCUGAGGCAAUGAUGACCCUUAGUUCCAUUCCUGUUUAAACACCUGGAUUCCCUGCCAUGAUAUCUGUUGCCGCCUAUAGCUAGAAUGAAGUGUUGUCUUGGAACCUAUUGUACAUUUAAGAAUAAACUUCUGUA